UUUAUUCUACUUUUUGCCAAAACUUCGAUGCAUCACUUUGAUCGAAUCAGUCAGAAGCCCACAACCCAAGCCAGAUUCAUCCGCUGUCAAUGGGAACCCCCUAUCCAAAUCCCAUCACUCCCUCUCUAACCCGCAUCGGAUGGAUCGGCAUAGGGGUAAUGGGAGCUGCCAUGGCUGCUCGCCUACUCUCCGCCGGCUACUCCCUCACCGUCUACGCCCGCAGCCCUUCCAAGACACUCUCCCUACAAGCCCAAGGCGCCCGCCUCGCCUCUUCGCCACACGAACUCGCUAAACGCAGUGACGUCGUCUUUACUAUGGUGGGACACCCAUCGGAUGUUCGAGAAGUUGUCCUUGGCUCAGACGGCCUCCUCUCUGGCCUCAACCCCAACUCUGUCAUCGUCGAUACCACCAGUAGUCACCCUCAGCUUGCGCGCAAUGUAUUCGAGGCUGCGCAUGAGAAAGGUUGCUGGGCAGUAGACGCACCGGUGUCAGGGGGUGACAUUGGUGCUAGAGAUGGGAAAUUAGCAAUAUUUGCCGGUGGCGAUGGUGGAGUUGUGAAGUGGUUGACACCAUUGUUUGAGAUUUUGGGGAGGGCAACAUAUGUGGGCGUAGCGGGUUGCGGUCAGAGUUGCAAGAUAGCGAAUCAAAUAACUGUGGGGGCAAACUUACUGGGGCUGAGUGAAGGGUUAGUGUUUGCGGAGCGGGCGGGGUUGGAUGUUAAGCAGUUGUUGGAGGCGGUGAGGGGUGGAGCGGCAGGGUCGAUGGCGAUGGAGUUGUGGGGAGAUAGGGUGAUAGGGAGGGACUUUAGGCCAGGCGGGUUCGCGGAGUAUAUGGUAAAGGACUUGGGAAUGGGUGUGGAUGCUGUGGAGGAAGGCAAAGAUGAGAGUGUGGUGGUGUUGCCUGGUGCUGGACUUUGUAAGCAGUUGUUUUCUGGGAUGGUGGCAAAUGGUGAUGGGAAGCUUGGUGGUCAGGGUUUAAUCACUGUCAUAGAGAGGAUCAAUGGUAAGUAAUAUCUUAAAACCAUAAAACACAACCACACCCACCCCAAGUCCCAACCUUUGCAGCAGUGUUUUGGGUAAUAAAUGGUCUUGUUGGAGUUGAGAGGUGGGAGGGCGUGGUGCAAGUGCUUGGAAUAUGUUGUUUUUGAUUGUUCUAUAUUGGUCUAAGAUGUUUGAUGAGAAUAGUUUAUGUAUGUUGGCGUGUGCUGCAGCUGGUCCUCGAGCUUUAUUUGGUAAGUCAGCAAGAUUGUGCAUAAAUUUGAUCGUAUGGAUGGACCAGUAUUGGCUGUUUUGUUUUGUUCUUUUGGUAUCUGUGUUUAGAGGUGUGCAAGUUUAAUUGUUUUUUUUUAUGGAAACAUAUUGGAGCUUUUAUUUA